AUGGCCGGUGGGUCGGGCGCGUCGGGGAAGGCCAUCGCCGUCGGGCGGCGAUGGGAGGCGCUGGUCAGCGCCAGCGCGGGAGAGGCGGGGUCGGCGGAGCCGGGGUCAGGGGCGAUGGGGAUCGCCCGGAUCCAGCACAGAGGGGAAGGAGUGGAGGAAGGCGGGGCGGCGCUGGGGGUGGGCGUCGAGGUGCGGGCGCAGGGUGUGGUGCCCGUGCCCGAGUCCGACCACCAGGGGGGGCGCCGGCGACAGCAGGGCACGGCGAAGCCGGCCGCCGGAGGCGACAGCGGUGAGGCCACGGCGGGGCGGCGCCAGGGCGCGGCAGAGAGGCCUCUGCGGGGGAGGCGCUGGGCUCGGCCAGCGCGCGGGCUACACGCGGCCAGGAGCGGGACGGAGCGGGAGCAACGGUGGGCGCGGCAGGAGCGCGACAGGCGAGGUGAGCGCGGGCCGCGGGCGCGCGGGAGCGCGUACAAGCACGCGCUGGGCGCGGCGGGAGGGGGGAACGGCGCCGGCAACAGAAAGGGGGGUAGGGAGGAAGCUCAUGGCGGGGAGUAG